UGGUUGGCACGGUGGGUGUUAUGUAUCAUGUCGGAGCAGUGCAGCAACGGACCUGCACCAGCCUGUCUCUCCCCCCAUCCACAGCCUACGGAUUAUACAUCUAUGCAAAAGCUGCGUUGGACUGCAGUCGUGGAAAACCUACAGCCAUGCUGUUCAAGGUGCAGUAUAAAGGAAAGAAGAAGUACAUCAAACUACAUGGAGCCUCUCACUCAGAAUUUCUCAAGGAGGCUAAAAGGAAGUUCAGUAUACCGGCUGAGAAGGACAUAUAUUUGCUGGAUGAGAGUGGAACAGAGGUUGAUGAAGAGGUCUUUAGUGACAUCCUGGAGGAAAAAUCUGACAUCCAGUGGACGAUUGUUGACAAUCUUUCUGUCUGUGACUCUCCUGCAUCAUCAUGCACAGACACCUUGUCACUAUCAUCACACUCGUCGGAUAGUGAUGCUUUUCUGAUGUCUCCCAAAAGACAGCGCAUCGAUGAUUGCAUUCUGAGCCCCCCAAGAAGUCAGCAUGUUGAUGACAGUUCUUCACGAGCCAAAGAGCUUGUCGAGAGAGUUCUGGAACAAAAGCCUGGAGGGGACAAAAUACUUGCAGAAUAUGCGACUAAAGGACAGAUGAAGGACCGAACACGCCGUGAACUUGUCAACACCGUUGUUGCUGAUAUGUUGGAAAAGUAUGGAAGUGCUCCACCAAAGGACAAGAGGACACAAUAUGCAUUGGGGAUUGUAACACUGUUCCCUUCCCUAAGAGAUCCCUACUCCAGAAAGGGCUAUGAGCAUUUCUUUGAUGCAGAGAGCAAUGAGGGCUACAUUGCAUGGAAACUAAAAAACACACAGCGAGGACUCAGUUCUGGCAAUAACAGUGGAGUCAAGAGAAGGACCUCUCAAACCACAGAGAGCAGCGGACUGGAGCUGGCGAAAGGUUUUAACUUUUAUGUUUGAUCUUUUACACAUCUGUUUUUUUUUUUUAAAUCUCAGUGAUGAUAUAAAAAAAAUAAUUUGUCAAGCUUAUUUUGCACCAUGGCUUCGUACCUUUGGCAGUGUUUGAUGUUUGGUGUAUGAACUAAUUUAUGGUUCAGUUUCAGAUUACACCUGUUGACAGUACUGCAGCACCCGCUGAAUGUCAUGUUGUACAUUAACAGGCUGAGUAUAUUGUUCUUUAAAGGACAGGUUCAGAUUUUUGAAGGCUGUAUCACCCAAAGUUACAGUAUCUGUGUUUCAGCAGACAAUGUUUCCUUGCUGAGCUGUAGUGGAGCACUAGUAAUUCAAAGAGGGAUUUUGUCAGGGAGUUUGUAGUGACAAAAAAUAGUCAACAGUUUUUUGUUUACUGCCAAGGGAUAAUCUGACUGGUGUUUGUUUAUUCUAUGAUGUAAUGCAUAGACUACUAAAAUAAAACUGAUGUCAUUGUAAUAAGA